AUGAUUGUUAUUACGAAAAUCUUUGUAGCUAAAAUGUCCUUGCAAAAUGGACGCCAUUUUAACGGAAUCAUGAUGAGUACAUCUCGAAUGGUGACAGUUUACUUCCUAUUGACCCUGGCUGCAGCAGCAACGGCCAUUAAGUGUUGGAAGUGUGGCCAGUACAGCGACGGUGUGGGAUCUAUUACCCCAUGCAAUAACAGGAGUGCCACCAGGCUUGAAGAGUGUCCCAGUAACGCGAAGUAUUGUAUUAAAUAUGUGAGCGAGCUGACGACCGUGCGCGACUGUGUGCCGACAUGCAGUGAAAAAGAAUGGUGGGGUGCGCGCACAUUUUGCUGCGAAGGAGACGAGUGCAAUGGCGCGUUCUCAUCUCAACCAAUGAAAGUACUUGCAUUUAUAGCCGUACUGCUGACAGUGGCGGUCGCGCGCUGA